AUUAUAUCCCUUCCCCUCCGACCCGUCACUUGGGAGCGACGCGACAAGUCAUUUUGUUAUUAUUCCCUGGCAAUAAUCCUCUCUUUUCUUCUUUUUGUUUUUGCAGAAAAGCCCCUCAAGUUUUAGGUAAUUUUGUCUUCCGCUUUCUCGUCUUUUUCUUUUGCCCUGUAUCCCCAAGCAGCGCCCGACGCCCACUUUGCUCCCUCGUCCUCCUACCCAGGGAUGGAAACCCUAGAGGCCACCGAGCCCAUGUCCGGCGAGUCGCCGACCCAACCCCAAAGCUCGGGUUCCCCCCAACCGCCACUGGCUCCAUCCGAGCGGCGACUCCUCGAAUCUACGUAUCUUGCGGACGCUGCUGCAGACGGCGCCUCCGUCGCGGCGAACUUGGCGCCGGUAACCCCCUCCGGAACCGAAGCUAAGGAUGAUGUGGAUGCGUAUUUUGGCAACGGGGGAUUGGGUCUAGGAUCGGUUACCGGCGAGGCACUGGAAGGAAUCCCUAUCGCCGUCGGCGAUCUCGUGUGGGGGAAGACCAAGAACCAUCCCUGGUGGCCGGCGCUGGUUUCCGAUCCCUCCCGCGCGCCCAUCGAUGCCAAGAAGGCCCACCUGAGCGACGUCUCCCUCCUGCUGGUCUACUGCUUCGGCAGCGGUGCCUUCGCCUGGUGCGAGCCAGCCCAGCUGAAGCCCUUCGUCGAGGACUUCCAUCGCAUGACGAGGCAGAGCAGCUCUAAGAGCUUCGUCGCAGCCGUCGAGGGCGCCUUGGAUGAGAUCAGGCGCCGCCUCCAGUUGGAGCUCACUUGCGGCUGUGUUCCGCCGGAGGCCGGAGGGAAGACUGCUGAAUGCCCAGCCGGGAGGCUUCCGAUCUCGAACUUUCAGCCUUUGGAGUUCCUCGAGCAUCUCCAAGACGUGGCUUGUGACGUUACGAUGGCCGAUGUGUUACAAGUUGCAGCUUUGAGAAGUUGGGUGAUCGCUUUCGCC